GGGAAAGGGAUAUGGCAUAAAGAGGUGCUAAUGUCACUUGGCAGUGAAGGUGGCAACCUUUUACACUGGUCCCACCUCGAGACUGGGUUUACUGCUGGGAUUUACCACAUUUCCACAGCUCAAGGUGGAACCAAAAGGGAGGAAAUUGCACUUUAGAAUCUGCUGCUCAGACUGCCUUUUCUUCAGGGGUUUGCGGUGUCAUCUGUUUACAAUAGGUGGAGGAAGAGCUGCAGUCACUGACAAAAGAUUCACAGAUCCAAAGAGAGCUUCUGCUUCAACAGCAUCAAAUGAGGUACCAACUCUCUGGUUUUUUAUUCAUAAAGCAUAACCAGACAUUUUCGCAUGUUCCACAGAGAACUCCUUUGUGAUGAUGAUGGUAUUUUGGGGUGGAGUGACUAGAGGGUAGCAAGCAAUGUUUUUGAGGACUUCAGUAAUCGUUCUAUCAAGAUAUUUAUUUGCUCAUGACUUUCUGCUGCUUUUUCCUUCCAUGCUGACAAUCUCCUGGUUUAUUUACUGCCACAAAAAUUCUAUUUUGGAAGACUCUCUGCACCUUACUUUUCUAAAUGUCACCUAAGUGGACAUGUGGAAUUUGUUGGGACACCAGUUCACCAUUAAAAGAAAAGACUGAAACUAAUUUGGGUGGUUAAAUCAGCUUUUUCUUGGUGGUUUCCCUAAGAGUUUUGUCCCUUCUUGUUUGAGGGGUCCUAAUUUUUACCUGGCAAUCCACUUGAGUUAUACAGUAACCCCUUCAAAGCAAAACUAUUCAUAGCUUGAUACUGAAUAACAGAACAUCGAAAUUACUACACUUCCGACAAGUGAAACAAGUUACUAUUUGCCGAGAUGAAAUUAUAGCCAAUGUUUUCUUUUGGGAGGAUUGAGCAGCUAAGAAAUCAGCGUGAGCACGAGGUGGCAGCACUGCCUCAUAAAGCUGGCAGUGCCUGCAGCUUGCGAGCAGCAUCCGAAGCCUGGCGGAGACAGAUCAUUAAGUCUGGGUUUUGAUGAUAGUGUAGAAAAUAUUAAUAACUUUAAUUUGAGAGAAAGCUUAUGCUGCCUCCUACACUCCACUCUCUGCCCUAUUCUUUUGGUUUCUCAGUGCUUUUGUUUAAUCGAAGCACUGGUUGCACAAACUGUGAACUGAAAAGGGGAAAAACCAGAAACCCCACAAAACUGGGCGAUAUAGAGGAGAGGCAAAACAUCCGUGUGUUAGGCGGGCUGAGAAUGAGGAGGCUGGGGCUGCUUCUCCUUUGAUGGUUCUUACAGUUUCUAAUUUCUCCACCCCAAAAUUCCCAUGGAGAACAAGCAGGAACCACAAAUUUGGUACAUCCACAUCAAGUCUGUCACCUGGAAUCCACAGUUUAUCUGCUCUGUUCCCAUUAGGAGAAGUGAAGAGGAUCCAUGAAAACAAAGUCAAAGAUCUUGAGAAGCAGUUGCACCUAGCUCAUUCUGAGACAGCAGAAGCUUGGACAGACCAGGCACAACAUGGCCAAGAAUUUGGAAAUCAGAAUGAUCAGAUUCAUCAAUUUUUGACUGAACUCCAUAAAAAAGAGAUAAAACUAAGCCUAGAAAAAGAGUGGAACAAGCAAUUUUGGGAUCAGAACAGAGAAAGCAUCACCAUGGAGCAGCUCAGGAGGCAGCUGGACAACAGAAACAUGCAGCUGCAGAGCAUGGAAAAGGCACUGAAGGAAAUGAGGAUGGAGUGUCGCAGACAAAUGGAGUGCCAGAUGGCUGCAAUUGAGGAAAAAAAGGAAAGCAUUGGAAGAAUCUCCUCUUUGCCUGUGCAGCUGGAGAUGACCAAGGAAGCGCUGCAUGAAGUCACGGAGGAUCUGGCAGCCAAGCAGAGGGAUUUGGAGGCUGCUGAGCAAACAGGCUCAGAUGUGGUGGCCUGUCUGCAGGAGAAGAAAGCCCUUGGGGCUACCAGCCAGGAAAUCAGGGAGCAACAUUCCCAGCUUGGCAGCAGGAUGCAGGAGCUCCAGCAUGUGAAGAGUGAAGAGGGCUGCUCACACAAGGGGCAGUUGGAGUGUGAGGCGCUGAAACUGCGUGUGUUGGAGAAGGAAAGGGUCUUAGAGAUCUUCCAAAAGCAGAUUGAUAACAUGACCCAGAUCAUGGGCCAGCACGGCCAGACUGCUGGAGCAAUGGAGAAAUCCCAGCUGGAAAAAGAAAUAAUUGACUGGAAACUCAAAACAGAAGAGCUCAAGAGUGCAAAGGAUGAGAGAGAAUCCAGAAUAUGUAAAAUGGAGGCCAGGCUGAGCGAGCUGGAGCUGGAAAAGGUUCAGCUGGUUAGCACAUGCACCAAGAGGCUCCAGGCACUGAAUGAUGCAAAACUGGAAAAAGACACCCUGCAGGAACUCCAGGCUGGCUAGAGGGAGCUAGCUGGCCUUGCAGAGGCUUUUGAAGAGGAAUUGUCAGGGUGAAUCAAGGAAAUGGAAAAUACUACAAAUGAAAGACUGAAAAUGCAGUUGAAUUUAGCCCAAACUGAACUGAAACAGGCCAGGACUACUCUAAAUAUGGAGGGAUUUGAUGACAAUGCUCUCGAAGCUGCAGCAAGAAUGAAGAAGCAGAUCACAGCCAAGAGAGGACAGACAGAUCCACUACAGAGCAAGAUUAAAUUCUUGGAAGAGCAAUGGCAAACGCAGCUAAGGCAUCCCUGCAGUUUGCAGAGCGCCAGUGCAUCAUCCAUGCCAGGAGCGUAAGCGAUGCGCUGCAGGCUGCAGCACAGCCUGGCUGUGAGAGUGAGUGCCUUCCUGAGAAGUGUGGGCCUAACCUCAGGUUCAUUUGCCUGGGGGCCUGAGCUUAAAUUCAACCCUCUUUAGUGCAAACAACUCUCAGAAGUCUGUGUUCUGAAACCCUUUUCCAUGUGGAAUUCCUCAGUGCUGCACAUGUCCAUAAGUCCAGGUUUUUGAAGUACUAUUUACAGUAAGGACAACAAAAUAAUAGAUGGUGUCUAAUCCCUAUCUUUACUGUUGAGAUGGAUAGAGGAUGUUUUUGACUUUUGAGGCCACUGCUCUAAAUGAAUGGUACCUUGGGAACAGAAGUUUUAUCAUAAGAAAUUUUCAGUAAUUUUAGUGACCCACCCCAGUUGUUCGCUUUGAAAGAGGAACAAAGCGCUAUAUUCAAAAUAUAACUAUACAUAAGCAAUACAAGAAGUGCUUCAGAGGAGAAAUGACCAAGGUGGGGAAUGUUUACUGUUUUUCCUCAGGAGCUGCAGGGCCCAGGCUACUCCUCAGCUUCUGCUUGAGGGAAGCUGCAGGACAUGGUGCCUCUGUCCCUCCUGCACUCUGCUGUCCGGCCACAUGCCCAGCUCUGCCCCUCAGGUGAGUGCCUCCUCCACAUGGGACACCAGCACAUCCCAAACAGCAAAAAUAAUGUGCAGUUUCUACAGGGGAGAGCAUCUGCUCGGAGCGUCCAAAAGCAAAUUCCUAACACCAAAGAUGAAAUCAUUUCUGUAGCUUCACAUGUGCUGUGUCCUUUCAGAUUUUUUUUUUUGGUGUGUGUAAAAAAACAAUGGGACAACUAAAAAAUCCUAUGGAUUGUGCUAAGAGUUUAUUUUACCUCUACUACAAAUAACAUUUAUGAAGUAUUAAGUUUGAAGGUACUGAUCUAUAAGUGGUUUGGUUUUCACUUUUUUUAUUUUUUUGCUGUAAAUCACAUUUGACAAUAAAAAUAGAUUUGUACAUAGUUCUUGA